CCAAGGUACUAGUCAUUAAGUGAUUUGUCUUAUAGCAAAACAAAACAAAAGCAAAUUUUGGUAAACGCACUAAGAUUCCAGCGACAACAUCGGGCCACCUUCAACUGCUCGCUCUGAUCACGUGCAAUAGCAGUCAACAUUUCGCGGGUAAUAGCGAACUGUUUCCCGUUUGACGUCAUAGUUUUCGCCAUGUUGCCCGCUCAUGACAUGUAACGGUAAACAGUUUCAUUGUUUGUGUCAUGUGACCAUGAACUAGCCAAUGAAUGGGUGCGCUGUAGCGGAAAAAACGCCAGCUAUAUAACAAUCUGCGUCUUUGACUAAACCCCGUUCAUACUUCGAUUCUUCUAAGCUGCCGGCCUCAGUCAGUAUAGUGACUGAACUAAUUACUUAGCCGGAGCUUUUCUGUUAAAGGACGUGUCAAAGUAAUCGCAUGACCCUCGAACCGUUGAUGUCGAAUCCCCCCCGGAUCAGUUUUCAUAAAAUGACGCAGUCAUGCCCUCUGCACGCGCAAGAACUGUCACCAUAAGGGACCAAAAAUGGUUUACAUUCCUUGAAAUCUAGGCAUUUAUUUGCGUUAAAUGACGCCUCUUACCUUUUUCCAUCUUGUUAUGCGAUGUUCUUCGCUUAAAUUCGUUUGAAUUAGUAAAAUGGCUGCUAGCAGAACGGAAACCAUCGAAGAAAUCGACGAUAUAUCAGAAAUGUUUCAAGCGAUGGCGGCGCUUGGUAUAUCGUGUAAAGGACUGAAAACAUUAGAUCAGAUGAAAGCUAAAGUGAAAGAAGAAUUAAAUCCGUCAGAAGAUAAGCCUAGCUGGACGGCAGGACAGGCCUUCUCCAUUUUAACAGAAGCAAGAGAUGACGAUGUCUUGAAAAGACAAACUUUACGUAAACUUUACUCCGAUACCGAGGACUGUGUGCAAAAAAUGGAUGACAAAAUUCUCGCUUUGCUGCAGAAGACCGUGGGCAGCAUUAAAGAAAAGAUAGAACAUCAUCAGGCACAACUGAAACGGAAAGAAUACUUCCUCCUAGUGGCAGGGGAAACAGGCUCUGGAAAAAGCAGCUUGGUUAACCUUAUUCUGGGGGAGGAACUUCUUCCAUAUUCCGUACUCAGCACAACGUCCACCAUAUGCGAAUUGAGAUAUGGAGAUCAACCAAGAAUCGUGGUUCACUUUAAGGACAAGGAUCCUCAAACAAGGCUUUCAAUUAAGGAGUUCCCUCUAAAGGAUGAACCCUAUGAACAAAGUUAUCUUCAGCAGAUCUCUCCCUAUGUUCACGUGAAGAGUGAUCGAGAAAAAGGUUCAAUUUACAAAAAAGUUGAACUCUUUUGGCCUCACCAACUUUUGAAGAAAGGCGUGGUUAUAAUUGACAGUCCUGGUAUUGGUGAGUCUAACAUCAUGGACGAGAUAGUCACACAGUAUUUACCUCAAGCCUUUGCGUUCAUUUAUGUCAUAAACAGUGCAAACGCUGGAGGAGUUCAGAAAGACAGACUUGAAAAGCUGCUAGAAGACGUGAGAAAAGUGACGCUUGAAGGACAGGGAGGAUUCACUCCCCAGUGUGCCAUGUUUGUGUGCAAUAAGUGGGACCAAAUACCUGAGAAAGAAGCUAGAGAGGUCAAGAGUCAUGUCAUCAAGAAGCUGAAGAACUGUUGGCCUGGUCUUGUUCCCGAGUCUCAGAUCAUCCACAUGUCAACGACGAACGCUAGUAUCGCUCAGAACCACGGAAUAAUCACCGAAGACUUCUUCGCUCUUAUGAAUUGUUUGAAGUGUAUGGUCUUAAAAAGCAUUAACACCAAGCUUGAAAUGUAUUGGAAGUGGCUGGACUGUUUUCUCUCGCGAAUUAUUUUCCAAGGAAAGGCUUUCGUGUUGAAUGCUUCCGGAGACCAUGUUAAAGCAGAGCAGAAGAUACUCUCGAUUCUUCACCGUUUGAAUAAGAUUAAAAGUCAACAAGGUCAAGUGAUGGAAGAGCUUCAAAAACAUAUGACGACUCAAGUCGACGUUGCCGUAAAGACACUUUCUGAAUACCUCAAAUCAGACGAUGUCAGAGCUCGCUUCACUUCAUGGACCUUAGACGAAGUUCCAAAGGCAGAAAACUCCUGGGAAGUGACAAGAAACAGCACCCUGAAUGCGUUGCGAUCCCGUCUGAAAGAUAUCUUAGAUCAAUGGGAGGAAGAUAACCAAAUGUUUGCAAAUGCCCGUAAGUCCCUUGUACAGCUCUUUCAGCGGCGGUUCAAUUUUGUGGAAGGGGAACUCCGAAAUCUCCAAGGAGCUGCUACAGCUGACGAGCUUAAUAUUCCAGAUAAUGAUCCCGAAGAUGACGAUCUAAUGCUUACAACAGGUGACAAGAUUAUCAUCGGUGUCGCUAGUCCAAUCUGGGUUCCACUUGGCCUAGUUGCGUUGGUGAUUGGUGUUCCUGUGGUCGGCGUGCUGGCGAUUAAAAACAAGGUGGAAGAUAAAAAUAGAAUCAAGAAAUACGAAAGACACAAAUGUGCUUUUAUGGCCGAAAUGUCCGCAUACUAUCUAGAUGAUGUUACAAACGAAAGUAAGAUAAGGGAUUUCGUGGUGGAACAACUGGAAGAGGCUCAGUUGUGUCUGAAGCAAAUUGAAGCUCGCAUUCCAGAGCUCAUCGAAGCUGAUGAGCUGUUAUAUAAUCAACUCCGUGAUGAAAGACGCUCAUCAAAAGAAAUACAAGACCUCUACCAACCAUCAGUGGAUACGGCGUCUUCUAUCAGAGGACAUCUUGCAGUAUUUGGAUUAAAGGAAAUCCAUGCCCUUGAUAUCAGCAGCGAGGAGUUAGAUUGGAAAGAAGACAUGUCCCCCCGUCUUUGGAGUGGUGCGUUUGCCACUGUGUACCAAGGAAAGCUGAAAAGACAUGGAGUGGAGGAAACGUUAACUGUGGCAUUGACAGUUUACAAUGAAGUACUUGAUACCAUAAAUGCAAAUCAAAUCAUGGCGAAAGUGGAACGGUUGAGAAAACUGGAGCAUCCCCACAUUGUAAAGUUUUAUGGCACAUCCCUUCUCAACAAAGAGGGCACCUCAAGAGUGAUCCUGGUAAUGGAAAAGUGCAAAGGAAACUUGAAGAGUCAGAUCUUCGAUCACCCAGAAGCAGCGCCAGCAAGGAAUGCUGAUGUCCAUGGAGAUGUAUGUCGAUGGGCUAAAGAGAUCACUGAUGCUCUUGCGUUCAUACACAAACAGGGAAUUAUUCACAGAAACCUUACACUGGAGACCAUCUUGCUAACAGAGGAGAAUUCAGUGAAGAUUACUGAUAUUGCCGGUUUCAAAGAAGGUGGUGCUUUGGAGGGAACCCUUGUUUACAUCGCGCCGGAAGUGUUUCGUUCGAAGCUGUGUGACAGCAAAGUAGACAUGUACAGCUUUGGUGUGAUACUGUGGGAGAUUUGGUAUGGGCAGCGCGCCUUCGCUGAAGUUAAGGUAGAAACGCUCAUAACUUUCGUAGAUGCUGGAAAUCGUCCUAAACAUCUGGAAGACUGCGAGAAGCCCCCGCAGCGCUGGAAAGAAUUGAUGGAGAAAUGCUGGAAUGGAAACGCUGAUGAACGUCCUUCAGCUGAGGAAUGUAACCAACAGACAAUUGAACUGUAUGAAGAGGUUGUAGAGUCAGGGGAACAUUUCAGUGUCGAAUGGACUAGUUCCUAGGAAAGGCUAAUAGUUUAAUUCCCCACAUCAAGACAAUCAUUUUUUCUUAUAUUUGCUAUAGCUGGAGUACUUCCAGGUAUUUACUCUUAAAGGCAAAGGCGAGACCCUGCCAAUCUAUUGCUAAAGAACGAAAUUGAAUAUUAUAGAGGAAUUUUAUGAUAGAAAUUCUUGAUGGAAAAAGGCGGUAAAUAUUUAAUUGUGUGUACUUAGAAUUAAUUUAGCUCAAAGAGAAUAAGUUUCAUUAAGUUUCGUAGUUGAUGUUAUUUCAAUCUGGAUGGUUAUCCCGAUUUAGGCUUAGUGUUCUGGCCAGGUGAUUUACUAAAAUAUAUUUUACCUGACCAUUUUUCUGGAACAAUUUAUUGCUAUUGCUAGUAUUUUCUGUUCUUAAUUUAGAGUUAUACUUUAAUUUCUACGAAGUAAAACCACAGCAGACCUCAUUGCUUAAGUGGAGAUCACAUAUGUCCAACAUCUCCUUUCACCUGAUUCUUCUUGGUAAAUGGAAGUACACUUUAACUAAAAAAAGGUGCUUAGUAAGAAAAAAUAAAGUAAAGUAGCUAUCAAUAUAAGUUUUGCAAGUACCAUUAUGCAGCUGGAGGCGGCGUGGCCUAGUGGUUAGGGCGCUAGAUUUAUAUUCCGGAGGUUCCGGGUUCUGGAAGCCCUUACGUAAAAAUAGAUUUCGUAGUACUGUCAAUUUAAUGCUUGAGUGACAUUGUCUACCAGGUCAACAUAAAAGAGCGAGAGCAGGAUUUUAGGUUCGGAAUUGUAAGAGAUAGCGUUGUUGUAAAGCGAAUAAAAAGAGACGGAUUAAGGAAGACCGGUAGUCGUCCAUUUCUAGAGAGGUCGUCCCGACCCGCCCAUCAUAAAAGAAAGAGCUUCAUAUUGUUUUCUAGAUCGAAUCCUGUAAACAGUCCUUGGACGGUGCUGUCACCUGAAAAGUAGGAGGUGUUCCAAAUAAUGAAUUGCUGUUUUCUUUUGUCAUCGAAAUGAUUUGAUUCAGCCGCCCAGAGCCUAAAAAAAGUAAGAGAGGGUAACAAAUUUCCGCAUUUUAUAUUCCACCCAAACAACAGGAUGGUGAUUCCGUCUACGUUCGCAGUAUUGAAGGAGAGCGGCCAGUCACUCCUUUGGGACCUGAAUCUGUUGUAGGAAAACGUUCAUUUAGUUGCAGUUAGAGGUUUUUAACCGUUUACCAAAAAUUAGAAAAUUAUGGCUGAAAAUCGACGGGAUCGUAACCGUGUGCAGAUGACUGUGUACCGAUAUACACUUUUAAUUAAUUGCUGGUCUCGAGGAAAAAAUUUUCAUCUGUUUUGUGAUACCUUAGAAUCUCGAUAUUUCUCGUGUAGUUUACAUUUACAUGGCUUAGAGAAAGGUAAUGUAAAGUAAAAAGGCAAGAAAAAUUACCCCCAAAUCAAACUAACAUACUCUGGUUAGUGGAGAACGAGCGAAAUUUGCUUAAUUGUCUCCCGCUCGGUGACAUUUAUACGCAGCCAUUGCCACCUGAGAGGAGGCGCGGUGGCCUCACGGUUAGUGCGCUCACCUCCAGAUCGAGCGGUCCGGGUUCGAGCCCUG